ACAGGCAGGCAGACGGGGUGAGAGUUAGAACGAAAUAAGCUCUCAGGGCUGCAGCAGUUCAAAUCUAUGCAAACCUUUAUUGAGAGCUGAUGUUCUAUUAAAGGGGAGGACAAGUCACACAGACACACUCCAACACUCACUCACUAAUAAACACUGAGACAUUCAGACACAUAAGCAAGGACAGGGGCUUACCUAAAAAUAUUGGUAUCCAAAAGAGAGCAGAGGUCCAUUAAGGACAUAUAGUCAAUUCUUUCUCCUGACUCGGACACACACGUGUGCUCAAAGUGUGCUUCCUAGUGUGAGGAGCAGGACUGGACCGUUUCAGCCCAACAAGUAGAGCAUCAGAGAGGAAGCAGCAAGCGAGUGGAUGGAUGCCUUCUGCCGACUGAGUGGCCUGGACCCUCUGUGGGACUGGAACCGCACUUGGUACACAGCCAACCCAGACUUGACCCAGUGCUUUCAGAACACAAUUCUAGUGUGGGUGCCCUGUGUCUAUCUGUGGCUCCUGGCUCCCCUCUACUGCCUUCACCUGUACUGCCAUGACCAUGGACGUAUUCAAGUUUCCUCUCUUUGUAUCGCCAAAAUGGUGCUCGGGUUUCUGUUGGCCUCUUUUGGCUUUGUGGAGUUUUUCUACAUCCUACUGGAGAGGAGCCAGGAGAUCGAGCAGCACAUGGUCUUCCUUCUUAGCCCCAUCAUACGCAGCAUGACUGUGAUUCUGGCUUUAUGCAUCAUCCAGUUGGAAAGAAUACGAGGUUGUCGUUCUUCUGUAUUCCUCUUCCUGUUCUGGGUCUUGGCUGUUGUUUGUUCCCUGGUGCCUCUCAGAGCAAAGAUCCAGCUGGCCAUAGCUGAGGGCAUGGCCUCUGAUAUUGUGAGAUAUUUGGCCUUUUACUCCUACUUCACGAUUCAACUGGUCCAGCUCUUCUUGUGCUGCUUUUCUGACCUACCUCAAGAGGGAAAAAACAUCUUGGAAAAGAAUCCUUGCCCUGUUAAAGAUGCGUCUUUUUUGUCCAAGAUUCUCUUCUGGUGGUUUACUGGGCUUGUUGUGAAGGGAUAUCGCACUCCUCUGGCAGCAGAAGACCUGUGGACGCUCAGAGAGGAAGAUACGUCGCAUAAGAUUAUCUCUGUGCUGCAAGAAGACUGGACAUUGGAAUGUGCCAAGAUUCAAAAGCAAGAAAAGGCCUUGACAUCUGGUGUGGCACUGGGGAGCAGGUUGCCCGACCAAGCUCAGCUUCUGAGGAAGCUUCACAAGGAGCAGAGCUCUGGCUUCUUUCUGUUCAGAACUUUGGCACGCAAGUUUGGGCCAUACUUCCUUACUGGUACAAUGUGUAUCAUAUUCCAUGAUGCCUUCAUGUUCGCCAUUCCCCAGGUGUUGAGUCUUCUGCUGGGCUUCAUGCGAGAUGAAGAUGCGCCAUUGUGGAAGGGCUACUUCUAUGCCACGCUCAUGUUCCUGCUCUCUUGCCUCCAGUCCCUCUUCAACCAUCAGUACAUGUACACUUGCUUCACAGUGGGAAUGAGGGUUAAGACAGCUGUUAUGGGCCUGGUGUAUAGGAAAUCUUUGGUGAUAAAUAGCGCUGCCAGGAGGACCUGCACUGUUGGGGAGAUUGUAAAUCUGGUUUCAGCAGAUACUCAGAAGCUCAUGGACUUUGUGGUGUACUUCAACGCUGUCUGGCUGGCCCCCAUAGAAAUCGCCCUUUGUCUCUUCUUCCUGUGGCAACACCUUGGACCAUCAGCAUUGGCAGGAAUUGCCACCGUCAUCCUCAUUUUUCCACUCAAUGGACUGAUAGCAAAGAAAAGAAGCAAGCUGCAGGAGAUUCAAAUGAAGUUCAUGGAUGGCCGGAUCAGACUAAUGAAUGAGAUUUUGAAUGGAAUAAAGAUUCUGAAGUUCUAUGCCUGGGAGAAGGCCUUCCUGGAGCAGGUGUUGGGUUAUAGAGAAAAAGAGUUGAAGGCCCUGAAGAAGUCCCAGAUCCUUUAUUCCAUCUCUAUUGCAUCUUUCAAUUCCUCUUCUUUCAUGAUCGCUUUUGCGAUGUUUGGUGUCUACGUCAUGCUUGACGACAAAAACAUCCUGGACGCUCAGAAGGUUUUUGUUUCAAUGGCGCUGAUCAACAUUCUGAAGACCCCACUUAGCCAGCUUCCCUUUGCAAUAAGCACAACCAUGCAGGCUGUGGUUUCACUCAAACGUUUGGGAAAAUAUCUGUGCUCAGAGGAACUUAAAGUGGACAAUGUCUUAAAGGCUCCAUUGAGUUCUGAGGGGGAAGAUGUGCUGAUUGAAAAUGGAACGUUCAGCUGGUCUGCAGAGGGCCCUCCAUGUCUUAAAAAAAUCUCCAUCUGUGUGCCAAGAGGUUCCCUUGUAGCUGUGGUCGGACACGUGGGAAGCGGAAAGUCCUCUUUAUUGUCUGCCAUGCUCGGAGAAACAGAAAAGAGAAGUGGUCAUGUCACUGUGAAGGGUUCUACAGCGUAUGUGCCCCAGCAGGCUUGGAUCCAAAACGCCACCGUCCAAGACAAUAUCAUGUUUGGCCGGGAAAAGCUGAAGACGUGGUACCACCGGGUGUUGGAAGCCUGUGCCCUUCUGCCUGACCUUAACAUCCUUCCUGCAGGAGAUGCAACAGAAAUCGGAGAGAAGGGUCUCAACCUCUCAGGCGGACAGAAGCAGAGAGUGAGCUUGGCCAGAGCUGUCUAUCGGAAGGCAGAUGUGUACCUGCUGGAUGACCCGCUGUCUGCUGUUGACGCACAUGUUGGCCAACACAUCUUCGACAAGGUCAUCGGACCCAAAGGAGUGCUUCGAGAGAAGACCCGUAUCCUGGUGACCCAUGGGAUGAGCUUCUUGCCGCAAGCUGACCUCAUCCUUGUCCUUGUAAACGGUGAAAUCACAGAGAGCGGCUCCUACCAGGAACUCCUCAGCCGCCGUGGCGCCUUUGCUGAUUUCAUCCACACCUUUGCCAGCACCGACCGAAAAGAAAUGGCCAUACAAAGAGCUGGCUCAAGGAGGUCCAAUGCCCGUCUCAGCAUGGUUGAUUUCAUGCCAUUCUCCAGAGACUUGUCUCAGGAGCAGCUUAUUGGGGGUGACACAACAAAUACAAACUUGCAGAAUAUGGAGCCUGUGUCUGAAAAAGAACAGGAACAGGUUCCUGAGGACCUUGGCAAGCUCACAGAGGUUGACAAGGCCCACACUGGACGAGUUAGGCUGGAGAUGUACCAAAAGUACUUCAAGACUAUAGGUCUGGCCAUCAUCAUUCCCAUUGUCUUCUUAUACGCCUUUCAGCAAGGAGCCUCACUGGCCUACAAUUACUGGCUGAGCAUGUGGGCCGAUGACCCAAUUGUUAACGGUACUCAGAUUGAUGCCGACCUGAAGUUGUCUGUCUUUGGAGCACUGGGCUUUGUUCAAGGCAUUGCGAUCUUUGGUACCACCGUAGCUAUUUCCAUCUGUGGUAUCAUUGCUUCUCGCCACCUGCACAUGGAUUUGCUGGUCAAUGUGUUGCAUUCCCCAAUGUCUUUCUUUGAAUGCACGCCCAGCGGCAACUUGCUCAACCGCUUUGCCAAAGAAAUUGACGCCAUCGACUGCAUGGUGCCCGAGGGCCUAAAGAUGAUGUUGAGUUACGUCUUUAAACUCAUGGAAGUGUGCAUCAUUGUGCUCAUGGCAACACCAUUUGCUGCUGUGAUCAUCCUGCCUCUUGCAUUCCUCUACGCCUUUGUCCAGAGCUUCUAUGUUGCUACAUCAUGUCAGCUGAGGAGGCUGGAAGCUGUGAGCCGCUCCCCCAUUUACACCCACUUCAAUGAGACGGUGCAGGGUGCCAGUGUCAUCCGGGCCUUUGGAGAUCAGUCCAGGUUCAUUCUGCAGGCCAAUGACAGGGUAGAUUUCAACCAGACCUCCUACUUCCCCCGAUUUGUGGCCACUCGAUGGCUGGCAGUCAAUCUGGAGUUUGUUGGUAAUGGAGUGGUGUUAGCAGCUGCCAUUCUGUCCGUAAUGGGAAAGAACACCCUAAGUCCAGGCAUAGUGGGGUUGGCUGUGUCACACUCUCUCCAGGUCACCGGAAUCCUAAGUUGGAUUGUGAGAUCAUGGACUGAUGUCGAAAACAACAUUGUUUCUGUGGAAAGGGUAAAUGAGUAUGCUGACACUGCGAAAGAGGCCAACUGGACUAUAGAAGGCAGUUCUCUCCCUCUGGCUUGGCCCCAGACAGGCACUAUAGAGUUCCAAGACUAUGGGCUGCAGUACCGCAAAGGCCUGGAGUUGGCUUUGAAAGGCAUUACCUUGCAGAUUCAUGAAAGAGAGAAGGUGGGCAUUGUGGGAAGGACGGGAGCUGGGAAGUCAUCUCUUGCUCUGGGAAUAUUUAGAAUCUUAGAGGCAGCAAAGGGAAAGAUCUUUAUUGAUGGCGUCAAUAUUGCUGACAUAGGACUCCAUGAUCUUCGAUCACGCAUUACAAUCAUUCCGCAGGACCCUGUGUUGUUCUCGGGCUCCCUCCGAAUGAACCUUGACCCAUUUGACACUUACACCGAUGAAGAAGUUUGGAAUUCUUUAGAGCUUGCUCACCUCAAGAACUUUGUGUCCAACCUGCCUGACAAACUCAACCACGAAUGCUCUGAAGGUGGAGAAAACCUCAGCUUGGGUCAGCGUCAGUUGGUGUGCCUUGCGAGGGCCUUGCUGAGGAAAACCAAAAUCUUGGUUUUGGAUGAGGCAACAGCUGCUGUGGACCUGGAGACUGACACACUGAUCCAGUCCACAAUCCGCACCCAGUUUGAAGACUGCACAGUCCUUACCAUCGCUCACCGCCUUAACACCAUCAUGGAUUACACAAGAGUGAUUGUUAUGGACCGAGGCCACAUCUCUGAGAUGGACUCUCCAACCAAUCUCAUCGCACAGCAGGGACAGUUCUUCCGAAUGUGCCAGGAAGCUGGGCUGGUCUAGGACCAUGGCGCUUCUAUGCACCUUUGGCACCUUUCUCCCAUGGCUUUUCAACAAAGUUUGAAUUUGCCCUUCCAAGCUUUGUGGCAGCUCCUCCGAGGACAUUGUCAUUGAGGGUCCAGAGACUUUUCUAAUACAGCCUAUAUAGUCCAAGGCUUCUUAGACACAAAGAACAUGCUGUCCUGAAUCAGGAAAAAAAAAUACUCAGACUAUCAACAUGUAAAUGAAGCUUCAGUGGAUUGCUGGGAGUGUGCAAAGAAUUAUUAAUGUGUACAUAGAUUUGGGGAAUCUGUUCAUUCCAUUUAAGGAUUAAGGCAAAGGAAUGAAAUACAACCACAAAUUAUAUGGAUUGUUAUUUUUAUUUUUCCUGUUUUGAAUGGGAACAGUAUUACUUACGUGUCAUAAAGCACAUGACCUAUAUUUAAUGUUUUCUCAGGCUUGGAUGUCGAUGUUUACUGACUCAGUUUUGAAGCCUUGAAUGCCAGAAAGCGGUAAUCUACAUUUAUAUACCGUUUUGUUUUCCAAGAACGAGGACAGAAAUUACUCUGACAUACUGACCCUGUGCAGGGUUCAACCUGGCGAAUGUGAGGGAUGUGAGGUUUUCAGAGCCUUCAGAAAUGAGUUUGAAGCAGCCAAUUUAGAUUAUUUAUAUGACAGGGAAUAGGAGGAAAACAAUUGUUUGAGCCAAGACAUUGGCAGGCACUUGUUUAUUUCUGUCAAAGUAAACACAUAAAGUCCAAAAGAAUCCUGUUGGUCAGAUUUAACCUGAUGCCUAUAUGUGAAAAACCACAUUGAAUGAAGAGAAUCUCUCUCCUCAACAAUAGUAAUAAUAAAUCUUGGUGAGUGAUUUUCUCUCCACCACCGCACAACUCAGGCCAUACAUAUAUAUAAUAUAUAUAUUCUGUAUAUGUGUCGAGAAAGAAUUCACUAUUGUUCUAUAUUUUUUGCUGACGUUACAAAGUGUUGCUAGUCCUCAACGACCUUGAUCCUUGAUUCAAAGAAUUAUAAGAGCUUUUCGGAGAGAAAAGUAAGUAUGCUGUUAUUGUCUUACUGGUUUAGACAAUCUUUCCAAAGAGAAACCAUAUAGUUUAUUUAUGUGGUAUUUCAAAAUAUGCCUUUAAAAUACUGAGGAUUGUAUUAUAUUUAUACUUUUUAUAACAAGCUGUUUGGUUUUUUUUUCACUGACUAAUUACUAUUAUUGUAUUGUUAUAAUAAACAUGUAUUUCAUUUAAGAAUACGGGUGUGUUGCUUGUAUUUUAAGGACUU